CCGGCUUGCCUGCUGGCAAGGGGAAAUUUUACUGCUUCAAGGUUUGUUGCAGGGAUCUGAUGCAAGGAAACGUUGGAGCAUCCUGACUCAGCACCGCAGCGGUGGGGGACCCGUGGCAAAGACACGGAGCAUCUUCUCUCAGCAUCAGGGCAUGCGUAUGCCAGCAAACAGGAAAGUGCUUGAAACAGUAGGAGAUGUGCUGUACCUGCAGCUGGGACUGUAAACAGCUUGUGGCCACAGGAGCUGAAAUCGUGUGCCCUUAAAACCAGGGGAUGAGUGAGGAACAGCUCCCUGCAUCUCCCCACUGCCCCACCAGGCGGGAGGACACCAAUGUCUCAGCCUCUGCAUACCCCCAGUACUGGGUGGAGCCCCGGUUCACUCAAGCAGCGAAGGUCCGUGUGAUCAUCACAGCCAUCUUCUUCCUGCUGGCAGCGGGCAGCAAUGCAGCCGUGCUGGGCAGCCUGCUGAGGAAGAGGAGGAAAUCCCACGUGCAGCCGCUGAUCCUCAGCCUGGCGCUGGCCGACCUGCUGGUGACAGUGAUGGUGAUGCCCCUGGAUGCGGCGUGGAACGUGACAGUGCAGUGGUACGGAGGGGACAUCUCCUGCAAGAUCCUCAACUUCCUCAAGCUCUUUGCUAUGUACGCAGCUGCCCUGGUACUGGUGGUCAUCAGCCUGGACCGGCACGCAGCCAUCCUCCAUCCCUUCUCCCGUGCUCACCGCCGCAAUGGGAUGCUGCUCCGUGCUGCCUGGGCUGGCAGCGUGCUCCUGGCUUUGCCCCAGCUUUUCCUCUUCCACCUGAACACAAUCCCAGGAAGGAAUUUCACCCAGUGUGUCACUCAUGGGAGCUUCCGAGCACACUGGGAGGAAACUGUCUACAACAUGUUCACCUUCACCACCCUCUACAUCACCCCCCUGAGUGUCAUGAUCAUCUGCUACAUCCGCAUCCUUUGGGAGAUCAGUAAGCAGCUAAAGGUCAAUAAAGGUUUGACAAGAAAUCAAAAUGACCACAUCUCCAAGGCACGCAUGAAGACUCUCAAGAUGACCAUAGUGAUUGUUGCCACCUUCAUCAUCUGCUGGACCCCUUACUAUCUCCUGGGCUUGUGGUACUGGUUCCAGCCGGCCAUGAUCCAGAAGAUGCCAGAGUAUGUCAACCACAGCUUCUUCCUCUUUGGCCUGCUGCACACCUGCACUGACCCUAUAAUUUAUGGACUGUACACCCCUUCCUUUCGGGAGGAUGUGCAGUUGUGUCUCAGGGGCAUUGAAACAGCCAUCACCAGGCAAAAGAGACACAAACCCAUCUCAGCCUCAGAGAAGAACACCAAGGAUGGUGCUACAAAUGGUGGGGUGGCAUCAGGGGGCUCCAAUGGGACAACUGUCAGCACGGUCUGA